GGAGGGGGGGGGGGGGUGUCGCUGCUGCUGCGGCACAACAACACGAUUGUUCUCGUCUUCUUCUUCUUCUUCCUCCUCCUCCGCCUCGUCCCCGGUCGUGCGGUGGAGUGAGGAGCCAGGACGGUGCUCACGGUUCGCAGCAGCCAAGUGCGAGACAGAGGUGCUAUUGAUUUCCAGCAACAGUAGCGGAGUGGCUGCAGUCCAGUCGCAGGAGGACGGACAGAGGAGGAGUUUGGAAAGUUAACAUCACUCAGCCUGACUCAUGCUUACAAAGGUCUCUUCCUCUUGAUCAGUCUCCACACUCCGGUGGAGACACAAGCCGAGGUCUGGAUGCAGGUUGUGUGCUGUUGGCUGCUGUGCCUCGGCCUGGCAGCGGCGGCCGCUGUGCUGCAGAGGGACCAGGUGGCCCAGAGCGCCAUCAAGCUCUACCGGAGCAAGGGGGUCCGGCAGGGCCACAGCUGGGGGGUCGGCAACUGCAAGCGGCUGGUUGGUCUCCUGCGUCAGAAGAAUGUGGCCGUCAAGAAGCUGGCCGCCGCUGCAGACGCUGUCGGAAGAGACCGGGCCCUGUCGGAGUCCGAGAGGCUUUUCCAGGUUCACACCCUGGAGGUUUUCCAGAAGGAGCUGAACGAGAGCGAGAACCUGGUGUUCCAGGCGGUGCACAGCCUGCAGAGGGCGCUGCAGGGAGACUUAAGGGACGUGGUGAACAUGAAGGAGAGCAGCAGGCAGCGGCUGGAGGCCCUCAGGGAGGCCGCCAUAAAGGAGGAGCAGGAGUUCGUGGAGCUGGUGGCGGCCGAGAAGCACCAGCAGGAAGCUGCCAAGAGCGUUUUGGCCCAGAACAAGACUCUGUCCAUGCUGGAUGAAAUCCUGGAGGACGUCCGAAAGGCAGCGGACCGACUAGAGGAGGAGAUCGAGGAGCACGCAUUCGAUAACAACAAACAGAUGAAAGGAGUGAACGUGGAGGCGGUGCUGAGAGUGGAGGACGAUGACGAGAACGGAGGGAAGAGGAGCAACAAGUCCAGGCAGAAGGAAGUGGAGGACGACCUGUGGGGACUGAGCAUGCUCAUCGACUCGCAGAACAACCAGUAUGUUCUGACCAAACCUCGAGACUCCACGAUGCCGAGGGCAGACCAUCACUUCAUCAAGGACUUGGUGUCGGUGGUGAUGUUGUCCCUUCCUUGCGGCUGGAUCUGCUCUCUAGUCGGCCUUCCUCCGAUGUUUGGGUACAUCAUCUGUGGGGUCCUGCUUGGUCCGUCUGGCCUCAACAGCAUCAAGUCCAUGGUCCAGGUGGAGACUCUCGGGGAGUUGGGCGUGUUCUUCACUCUCUUUGUGGUGGGGUUGGAGUUCUCACCCGAGCGCCUUCAAAAGGUAUGGAAAACGUCAGUCCAGGGGUCGUGCUACCUGAGUCUGCUGAUGGUGGGGGCCGGUUUGCUGUGGGGCCAGGUCUUGCAUAUUCGACCCACCCAGACCGUGUUCAUCUCCACUUGUCUCUCCCUGUCCAGCACUCCACUGGUGUCCCGCUUCCUAGCAGGGGGGAGCAGGGGGGACAAGGAAGGCGACUCGGACUACAGCAGUGUUCUUCUUGGGAUGUUGGUGAUGCAAGAUGUUCAGCUUGGCCUCUUCAUUGCCGUCAUGCCAACGCUGAUCCAGGCACAGAGUGGAGACUUGGACAGCCUCCUGUUUGGAAGCCUCCACGUGCUCUACCUGCUGCUCCAGGUGCUGGUGUCUCUGGCUGCCGUGCUGCUGCUCUGCCUGCUGCUAAGAACCUUCCUGAUUGGCCCAUAUUACAAGAAGCUGCACGCCGAGAGCAAAGGAAACAAGGAGAUCCUGGUGCUGGGGAUGGCGGCCUUCGUCUUCUUCAUGCUGACCGUAACAGAGUUUAUGGACGUUUCUAUGGAGCUGGGCUGUUUCCUGGCCGGAGCUCUGUUGUCCACACAGGGUCACAUGGUCACCGCAGAGGUCAUGGGAUGCAUCGAGCCAAUCCGAGAUUUCCUCGCCAUCAUCUUCUUUGCCUCUAUCGGUCUCCACGUGUUCCCCACAUUUGUGCUGUAUGAGCUCACCAUCCUGCUGGUGCUGACGCUCUCGCUCGUCAUCAUGAAGUUUGUCAUGGCCGUGCUGGUGCUGUCGGCCAUCUUGCCUCCGGGCUCGCGACACAUCCGAUGGAUCGUCUCAGCUGGCCUCGCGCAGGUCAGCGAAUUCUCCUUCGUCUUGAGCAGCCGCGCGCGUCGAGCUGGCAUCAUCUCCAGAGAGGUGUACCUGCUGGUUCUCAGCGUCACCACUCUCAGUUUGCUGCUGGCUCCCGUGCUGUGGAGAGUCACCACGCACAGAUGGGUUUCCCGGGCCGAACACAAAACUGUCCCAUGACCGCGGCGCGUUCAUGGCCAAACGGCGCCCGCCUGCAGUGACUGUUACACAACCGGCAGCGACGUCACGAGGAGAGGAAGUCUAUUUAAUCAGAAACUCAUAAGAAUAUGUCAUGGCCUGUUGGACCAAAUGUUCCUCUUCUUUAUUCUUCCUCUUGAUUUAACGAACUCCGUCCUCUUCAUCGGGGGAAGAGAUCUUUAUCAUCUCCGUUCUUGAUGAAUGCAUCUAUCCGACUGUUAUAAAGGACAUUUUCUUCAAGCGUGGGCCUGGAGAAGUGUUACAUAUACAUUAGGUUCCAUAGAAACCCCUUUACUGUAUAUAAGGGCUUAUUUCAUAACACAUACAAUAUGUAACACGUAGUUUUGUCAACAAUCCCAAAGGCUUUGUCUUUCAAGCUUUACAGUUUCGUGGAGAAGCACAAAAAAAAUGUAAUGUCGUUCCAGCUCUGAUGCUUUUCAUGCACAUUCUCUUAAAAAAAACAUUCUUUCUUUACUGUUUCAGUUUCCUGUUGACACUCGUUAGUGUUUGCACUUUGAACCUCCUCCUUUUAGCAAGAACAUGGACCAAAUGUGGGGAUUCAUCCUGCACUUUUGUAUGAUUUAAAAUGGCCUCCAUCUUUCCUUUACACAUUACAACAACUUGACUUUUACAUUGUUCAAAUUUGGCUAAUGACUGUAUACGAAUCUUCUUCUGACUGAAGCGCAAAACUUCUCUCUGCUGCAUUUAAUAGAUGAUACGUCUAUUCUGAUUCUACUGUUAUGUAAAAACGGUCUCUUAGCCAAAUAUCCCUUUUCUGGUUUAAAGUCACACGACACACGAGUGGAAAACGAAGGAACGUUGGGCAGCAUCUCAAAAGAAUCAUUAAAAAAUAAAUAAUGUGAAUUGAUUCAUUUGCCGUUUAAGGAGAAAACUUGCACUGGUUACCGCUGAAUGUCAGACUAAUGUGUCUGCUCAACACUUUGUGCACCAGGAGAAAGACUAUGAGGAGAGUUCUCUCACUGCGAGAGAGCUUCAUGCUGUAGAUGUCCUCGUCUUAUGAUUCAUAAUGUGCAAUGUAAAUGUGUGUAACACGGCCACGUGUUAGGAUAUUUGUAGGCGAACAUUUGAGUUUACAUGUGUGUCUGUGUGUGUGUUGGAGGCACAAAGAAAUGCUGUUUCCAUCAGAAUCGUCAUGUAUUUUUAAAUUAUUGAAAUCAUAUAAUUUAUUUAUUAAAAAACUAAAGAACA